AUGAUGCUCGACGAUACUCAACCGCUGGAUGGUACUGAAUCCCAGAGUCCAAUUGAGAUUGGAUUAAGCUAUUUUCAUACUGGAGAACCUCCAAUUGAGCUAAUCCAAGCUGUUCAAGAAUAUAACAUAAUUGAGAAUUCACCCAACGUCCUCAUGGCCAACAUAGUUCAAUUAAGGAAGAGGCAUUGCAUGCGAGACAUAGUUGCAUCCAUUAGAGAAGGUAUGAAUGAUGCGCAAGUUCACCUUGAACAAAUGUUUAAAGACGUGACCGAUGAUGAAUAUGCCGAGUUAGAAACAUGUGCAUUGGGGCAGCUAGAUCGCUGGAGAUUGGGCUCAGAGUUGAGACACAAAUAUGGCAAACUUGAGAAUUUAAUUGGUGUUCGUAGAUGUUUCCAGAAUGCGCUUGUUUUUGGAGUUGGUGAUUUCCAUGUCAAAGUUGAGCCUUUUCCAGAGGAGUACAUUGAAUCUAGUGAUUUUUUAAGGUUACAACAAAGUUUUAUCUCAUACAUUCAACAAAUCCAUUUUGUUGUUAAUGAAGAACCGUUCCAUAUUAUAUUUGAUCGCAAGGACUUAUCAUAUGACUUGUUUAGAUUGCAGACCAGUACUGCUAAGGUUAAACAAGUUCUCGAGAUUUUUCAAUCAAGUAUAUCACAGAUUGAUCAAUUAGUCACCGUUGAAAUUCCACGAAUUUGUGAUUUGCAGACCUCAUAUGCACCAAAGCAAGACUAUUGUUUCUCAUAUUUUAUAGUGAAGUUGAGAUCUGAAAGAGACCCCAAUUACCAAGGAAAUUCAAACAUAGAAAGGCAUGAAGUCGACCCUCCUCCGAACCCAGCGCAGUUUGUAGGUGAAGAAAUGCCAAAUGAGCAACAACUUCAGCAUACUUUACCUAAGAUUUCACUUACAAGAAUUGGAAGCGAUAUCACCGGAAGCUUCUCUGAAAUUGCAACGCCCUCAGAAAUGUCAUCAGAUGAAGAGGAAUUCACAAGCUUUACCCAUGAUGCUAUCUCUUCCAACUAUAUAAACAGGGUGAGCGUUAGUGAAAUGACCAGUACUACGGAAGAUUUCAGUGACACAGGAAGCAACGCAGACCAUUACGCAUUGCCAGAAGCAUCCUUCGGGGAAGUUUGGAACGUUAAAGUACCAUUAACUGGUGCCAUUCCACGAGAUUACCUAAGAGACUUGUUAAAAUAUUCGAAUAGAAAUUUGAGGAGUAUUAACAAAGAUUGUUUUAUCUGUGAAGAAAUUCCAUACGUUUGGAAGGUAGUCAGAAUCAAGCAAAGAUACGUGCAAGGUGUCUUCAAGAAGUCAGGGAGGACAAUAGUUAAAGGGAUGGGGUACGUUCCAGGUUAUCUCAAAUCCACGAGUAUAGUAUUGUUUUAUGUGUUUGCCAUGUACUUUCUCCUCAUCAUGAUUAUUGUAUGUGCUCAAGUGUUCAAUGAGAGAAUGCAGAACAAAGCCCACUCAAGGUCAUAUCCUACUAAAGUCGUUUAUGUUACCAAACCUCCGGAAUCAUUUUGCGAUCCUGUAUUCAAAGACUACUUAUGGUAUGACGCAUUUUGUAAGGAGCCCACGUGGUUUGAUAGGAAGCGUAAAGAUUUCACAGAGUGGUUUGAUGAAAUCUCGAGAGAAGCAGAAAAGCUGAAACGAAGGAGAUAUCACUAA